CCAUUUCUACCCUUCUUAACUACACCGUUGUGUCAAUGCGGUGGGAUCACACGAUUUUGUAGACAGUUCAUUCUUUCAAUAAAAUAUAAGUUAACACCAGAAAGAAAAGAAUUAUUUUACAGGAAAUGACCUUCUAAUAUUCAGUGAAAAUCUCAGUGUAAUUGUUGACAAAUGGAAUUCUUUUAUAUAUUGUGAAAAUAUAGUUAUUUCAACAUAAAACGUCCAUAACCAAGUUUGCUUUUAUGUUUUGUGAUAUAUGUUAUUUUAAAUUUAACAACAGUGACGAAACAGAAAAUUAAGUUUCUUAAAUUAUGAAAUGAAUUUUUAAUUAACAUUUGUUUUACUUUUUUAAAUGUGACAUAUUUUAAUAUCAUCUGACGGAAUGCAGUACAUAUUUAUAAUAAUUUAAUAUUGAUAAAUCGUUUUUGCAAAUAAAUACAAUUGCUAACUUACUUUCUGAAUUCAAAACAAAAAAAAAAAAAACAGUAAAGUGAUUUGAACUUGUUACACUGUCUUAAAAUUUGGAAUUUAAAUGUUUUUUUGGUGAGUGGGAGAGAGCUGACAGAAUCAAGCACAUCAGUAUACAUCUCAACAUUUAAAAAGUUACAAAAAGACAAAAAAAUAAAUCAAAGCAAAUUAAUUGCCAACUUAAUUUAAUAGUCGAAUGUAAAGGACAACAAAAUUUAUUUCUUGAGUGAUGUUACGAGAAUUGAAAAUUGAUCUUCCCACCCCAACAAUUAUUGAUCAAAUAUUGUGAUAAAAAAAAAAUGUAAGAAUUCAUUUUUUAUUUUAAAUAUUCGUAAAAUGAUCAAAAAGUGCCAUAAAAAAAGAAUGUUUUACUAUUUUUGACAUAUAGUUUUGUCAAACCAAUUUUUUCCAAUUAAAUAAGAAUAGAAAAUACUAUAAGAAAUAUAAGGUUGUUAUCAGUAAUAAUUGAUAAGGUGUAAUGAAAAAUUAAGAUAAUGGAGAAAAAUAAUAUAAACAUGAGAGAAUAAUUACAUAGAUACAUAAUAUCUAGAUAAAUCUACAUUAAAAGUGCGAGAGAGAAAUGAGAGAUUAGAGACGCAACAAAUUUUUAAUAAAUGUCACAAAAAAUGAAAAAAAGAUUAUUAUUGAGUUUUAUAUGUGCCGUUAUUUUAUUUAUUUUUGUAAUUUCAAAUGAUGGUGAUUUUAGUCAAAUAAUUUUACCCCUUAUGAUUUCUCGCAAUGAACGUGACAUAUCUUGUUAUAUCAAAACGUCUGAUAUUAAUGGACUACAGGAAUUUGACGCAUCAAAAGACAUUGAGAGAUCAAAUUUUGGGAAAAAUAUUUUUUUUCACGAAACAUCAUGUUACGGUGACGAGGGUUUAAUGUUAAAUGGAAGACAAGCAUGUGCCGUGGAAUCAGCUGCAAAAAUGAAUCCAAAUAUGUCAAUUUAUUUAUUAUUUAUGAGUCCAGAAAAAAUUUCCGAUUCAUCAAAACAAAUAAUAAGACAAUUAUUGAGUUAUAAAAAUAUCAAAAUUCGACGUCUUUAUAUGAAUAAUUAUGUAAAGCAUACGCCAUUGGAAGAAUGGUUUGACAGUGGUAUUUUGAGAACAAGUCACUGGCCAAAAAGCCACAUGUCUGAUAUUUUGCGGUAUCUCACAUUAUGGAAAUACGGCGGUAUUUAUUUGGAUUUAGAUGUCGUUGUCACAACAUCUUUGGAAAAAUUGAAAAAUUUUGCUGGCGCAGAAGAUUGGGAAGAUGUUGCAGCAGGUGUAAUUGGAUUUGGAAUGGACACUUUGGGUCGAAGAGUAGCUGAUGCUAGUGUGAGGGAUUUAAAAAGAAAUUUCAAAGGCAAUGUUUGGGGUAAUAAUGGACCAGGAGUGAUAACACGAAUCCUACAAAAACUCUGUGAUACAAAAUAUGCUCGCGAUAUGAUACCAAUUCGUUGCACUGGAUUCAAGGUUUUUCCACCAUCUGCUUUUUAUCCAAUUGGCUUUAGAAAUUGGACAAAAUACUUUGAAACAGUUAACAUGAGUGAAACAAUGGAGAUUAUUAAAAAUUCAAAAGCAAUUCACGUGUGGAAUAAAUUUAGUCGCGAGAGAAAAAUCAAAGUUGGCGAUCAAGUGCCCUAUUCAAUAAUUGCCCAAAAAUAUUGCCCUAAAGUUUAUAACAAUUGCGGUGAAUUUUUCUAAUCAAAUUUUUAAUAAAUUUUGUAUUAUUUGUUUAUUUUUUCAUUUAAAAAAAAUUUUUCUAGAAAAACAUUACGAAGACAAUUCUAAAAAUAAGAUUUUUCAGAAGCGAAAGCAGUAUUUUAGAUAUGUGUGUAUUCAAUUUUUUUUAAAAAUAAUUUCUAAAAUUAAUUGAUUCAUUGUAACAGUAUUGCUAUAAUAAUUAUUAAUUAAUAAUAUUCUAAAAACUUUGUAAGAAAAAUUUAUUUAUAAUUUAAUUUUGAAUAAAAUGAUUGAUUGUUAAAUCAAA